ACAAGGGAAAUGGAGAGAUGAGAAUGCACAGGGGGGACCCUUAAAUUGACUGCACCCCAUCUCUCUGCCUGCACCUGCGGACAAUCUCCACACAAACCAUGAGGAAGAGUCUCUUCACGGUCCCUCCUAGCAUUGCUGUGUCUUUGAUUUAAAUCUUUACCCACUUCCACAAGGGGCCAUGGAGCAGCAAUAUCUCUCCAAACUCCACCCCACAGUGGAUUACGGAGCAGGAGUGUUUCUUCUGAUCAUAGGCAUCCUGACGAUUCUGGGGAAUUCAGCAGUCCUUGCUACCGCAGUGAAGCGCUCUUCCCAUCUCAAGUCACCCGAGCUGCUUAUAAUAAAUUUAGCCAUAACAGAUCUUGGAAUGGCCAUCAGCAUGUACCCGCUGGCCAUUGCCUCAGCAUGGAACCAUGCCUGGCUCGGAGGAGAUGCAUCCUGUAUAUAUUAUGCCCUGAUGGGUUUCCUCUUCGGUGUCUCCAGCAUGAUGACCUUGUGUAUGAUGGCUGUGAUCCGGUUCCUUGUAACCAACUCAUCCACAUCUAACAGCAAUACAAUCAACAAGAACGCUGUUCGCAUUUCGAUUGCGUUCAUCUGGCUGUGCUCGCUGCUCUGGGCCAUUCUGCCUUUGCUGGGUUGGGGUUAUUAUGGCCCCGAACCAUUCGGCAUCUCCUGCACGAUAGCGUGGAGCGAAUUCCACAACUCCGCCAACGGCUUCUCUUUCAUCCUGAGCAUGUUCAUUCUGUGCACGCUCCUGCCUGCGCUGACCAUCCUCACCUGUUACUUGGGCAUAGCGUGGAAGGUUCACAAAGCAUAUCAGGAGAUACAGAACUUUGACAGGAUCCCUAACGCGGCUAAGCUGGAAAGGAGGCUGACACUGAUGGCUGCGCUUGUCAGCGUCGGAUUCCUCGGCGCCUGGACACCCUACGCAGCCGUCAGCUUCUGGUCAAUCUUUAACUCCAGCAAUUCUCUACAUCCUGUCAUUACGCUACUGCCGUGUCUGUUCGCCAAGUCUUCAACAGCUUAUAACCCUUUCAUCUACUACGUCUUCAGCAAAACUUUCCGGCGUGAAAUUAAGCAAAUGAAGUGUUGCUGUGGCUGGCGACCUCCCUUUAACACAGAGAACUCGAUCGAAAACCACGUGUCAAUGAUGUGGAUGGGUAGAGAAAACAUACGUGCUUGUCCAACUGCAAAGGCGAACAACGGGGAGGCCUCAACCCAAUGAGCAGCAGAGCUGGCUUUACAAACACAGCAGAAAAGCUUACUUCAUCCUGUAUUAUAGGGAAUCAGUCCAGGAGGGCUGUCAUGAUGUAUGUUAUGAUAAAUUGCUGUCGUAAAUUGAGUGAAAUGUUGUAAAGAACCAUGAUUUUUUUUUAAAAGUUAAGCAGCAAGGAAAGAUGUUUUGAAGGACUUUCACUUUAUGAAAAUUAAAAUAUCGGUGGAUUCCCCUCUGCCCUAAACCAAACGAAACCAGCUUUAGCUUAACUACUGUGGAGGAAUAAGUACGAUGCUUGAAAGAGGAUUUACUGGGUUUUAUUUUUUUCCCUAUGCUUCUGACUUUAUGCUGGAGUCUCAUGACUAUGCCUCAAGAGAAAACAACUGAUAAUACUGGAAGUUGAACCUCCCACCUCAAAUUAGAUGCCUUUAAACAAAGAAGGAGAAUAUGCCACUUCCCCAGCAAUAAGAAAGGACAAACAUAGCAGAAUCAAGAACACUCACCAGCUGGAAGAGACAGAGCUACGGGAUGCAGCAACCACUUGCAAAAUGGCCGUUUUAGGGCUACAGUUGUUUGCCUCUCCCAAAUUUAAAGGGCCAGCCGCCAGAAAGGCAUGUCAGGGCAAGGAUCUAUAAGAGGGCGGGUCUAUGCUGAGGCAGCUCAGAAGGACUGAGGCAGUCUUAGAGAAACGGUCUGCUGCUGCAGAACAUAAAAAGAUGUGAGCAGUGAAAUAAUCUUUUAGAAUAAGGAAG